AUGGCGACCGGGACAAUAUACGACUUUCAAGUGAAAGAUGCGGCUGGAGAUUUAGUCUCACUGGAUAAGUACAGUGGUCUGGUUGUCAUCAUUGUGAAUGUUGCAUCAUAUUGUGGACUGACGAAUUCCAAUUAUGAUCAGUUGAAGACUCUAAACGAUAAAUAUUAUUCUCGUGGCCUUCGUGUGGCUGCAUUCCCGUGUAACCAAUUCGGUUUUCAGGAACCAUUCUGCGAAGCUGAUGUCAGCAACUUUGUUAAGGAAAAAUUUGCAUUUGAGCCUGAUCUCUACGGAAAAGUUUUGGUGAAUGGAGGACCGCUGAUUGGAGGAGCAGAUCCACUUUGGGAGUUUUUAAAAAAAGAGCAAGGAGGAACCCUAUUUGAUGCUAUCAAGUGGAAUUUCACCAAAUUUCUGGUGAACAGAAAGGGAAAAGUUGUUGCCAGAUACGGCCCAUCGACAGAUCCAAAGAGUUUUGAGAACGAAAUUGAAAGACUUCUUGCAGAAAAACCGUGA